GCGAGGCGCAGCAACUGGAUUGAGAUUUUUGUUCGAAUUCUUGUUAGUCUACACAAAACGCCACAGCGCAGCGGACGUGUGAACACGAGCAACGGUAGAAACGUGCAACGGUAAACGGCCAACGGCGAAUGGCAGAAACGUAAACGUGCCCAAUUUGAAUACGCGUGUGGGCGGCAUUCAAUCAAUUUGCUGCGCUGUGAUAUAAAUUUAAUUACAACUAAAAAAAAAUAUAUUAAAAUGCAGCUUUAGCAAAAACAAACCAAAUCAAAACAAAAAAAAGCAAAACAAUAUUCUGCAACAAUUGGCAGUGCAAAAUGGUGAAAAUCGUUGACGAGAUCAACGCACAUCAUCAUCAUCCACACAAUCACGCGCCGCACACACACCAUCCACAGCCGCAACCACACACGCAUCCGCAUCCGCAUCCACAUCCGCAUCCGCAUCUGAGUGCCGUCGGCGCAUUGAAUCUGAAUCUGAAUCUGACGCCGGCCACGCUGCUCAUGAAAAUGGCGCGGACGCCGCAUCUGAAGUCCAGUUUCUCGAUAAAUGCCAUAUUGCCGGAGACGGUGGAGCAGGAUGAGCAGCGGGAGCAGCAGGAUCAACAGCAGGCGGCACAAAAGUUUAACAACAACAACAAUAACAAUAACAACAACAACAACAACAAUGGCUCACCGCUGGGCUCGGAGCCGGACAGCGACGUGGAAUCGGAUUUGGAUGUGACCUCCAUGUCGCCAGCGCCGCCCGCCGCCGAGGACGAACCAGAUGAUGAAGAUGCGGAUGCAGAUGCAGAUGCAGAUGUAGAUGCAGAGGCGGAUGGAGAUGGCGAUGCUGAUGAGGAUGUGGAAUGUGAUAACGAUUCGGAGACGAAAUCAACGGACGGCAAACCCAUCAAGGAUAAGAAGGGCAACGAGAAGCCGCCGUAUAGCUACAAUGCGCUCAUCAUGAUGGCCAUCCGACAGAGCCAGGAGAAACGUCUCACCCUGAAUGGCAUCUACGAGUACAUCAUGACCAAUCAUCCGUAUUAUCGGGACAACAAACAGGGCUGGCAGAAUUCCAUCCGGCACAAUCUCAGCCUGAACAAGUGCUUUGUGAAGGUGCCGCGUCACUACGAUGAUCCCGGCAAGGGCAACUACUGGAUGCUGGAUCCAUCCGCGGAGGAUGUCUUCAUUGGCGGCUCCACCGGCAAGCUGCGACGUCGCACCACCGCCGCCAGCCGUUCCCGCCUGGCGGCCUUCAAGCGCUCCCUCAUCGGACCGAUGUUUCCCGGCCUGGCGGCAUAUCCACAAUUCGGACAGUUCCUCACCUAUCCCCAGGCGGCGCCCAGCCUGCUGGCCAGCAUGUAUCAGCGCUACAAUCCGUUUGCGCCCAAGAGUCCGGCAGCGGCAGCGGGCCUGCUACCUGGCUGCCCAGCGCCGGGCCCCCCACCGCCGCCGCCGCCGUUCGUCAGCCCCGCCAGCAGCCAGGAGCUGUAUCAACGGCUGCAGUAUCAGCAGCUGCUGCAUCAGCAUGCUGCUGCCGCUGCGCUGGCGGCGCAUCAGAGGCAGCUGAGCGCAGCGAUGCCAACGGCGCCGGCGCCGCAGCCGCACAUGACGCAUCUCGGCCAGCCGCCCUCCUCGCCCAAUCUACAGCAGCAGUUGCAGCAGGGGCACGGGGAGGCCAGCUCCCGUUCGCCGGGACCGCAGCUGAAGCCCGUCACAGUUGUUAGCCGCAACAGCUGAAGCGUGCGGGUGGCAGUGUAUAAAGUAUUCGUUGUAUAUAGAAAACAGCCGCGACUGAGGCGCUAGACGCUUGUAAAUAGAGAGGCAGAGCAGCGACUUCGGCUAGCCGAAGCUUAAAUACCCUUGCAGCGCAGCACAGACUUAAGAUAACCCUCUUGAAAUAUCCUUGCAGAAGCUCAAAUACUUGGGAGAGCUCUAAAUGGAAAGAGAUGAGGAAUCCGAAUAUUGACAAAUUUCUAAAAUAAACUAACUAAUUUAAAAUUAUCUGAAAAUAUAAGUUGUAUACUAAAUAUCGCCAGGCAUCUAAAAAACAUUAUCUAAAUUUCACUUAUUUUUGCAUUGAGCGAAAUUCUUCGAAAUUCUUCCUGCUUUUCUCAAAAAGUUAAACUUUGUUUAUAUUCUAAUAUUCCUAUAAUAUAUAUAUAUAUAUUCCCAUUGUUGAAUAUUAUAAAUAAUAUUUAAGUUUAGCUGACGUCUUCAAAAUUAUAUAGUAAUUCCUAGAAAUCUAUUCAAGUGAAAAUCUCUCCCUUUGGUCAAAAGUAAAAAAAAUGAUCUAUUGUAAUAUAUUUCACAAGGUUACACACAUCAAUUUCCAAUUAAGGCUUAAAUUACUUAGAAAAGGUCUCCAGGAAUCGCUUGCUUUAACACAUUCGAUCCAUAUUUUCCAUGCUUUCCGCACAAUUGCGUGGAUUUAGCGCAAUAUAUGGAAUGGGUUCACAGAUCGAAAUUCCUGAGUAUUCUUUCAAGACAUUCAACAAAAUUGCAUUUCUUGGCGUUAUUCCAAAGCUUAGAUUAAAUAUAUCUUGAGUGCGAUCUAUGAAAAUAUAUUUCAUAUUGUUUUUUCUAAAAAUCAAUGAAAGGGGGCCAAUAUAAACUUUUAAGCUUUCAUUAACAGAAUGUUUUCUAAGAAUUUCAACUUUAUUUGGACGCGUUAUAAAAAAGAUUCUCAUUAAAAUGUAAUUAAAUUUCUUAUGCCUAAUUCUAUAGACUCCUGCAAGGGUAUUUCUCAUAUACAUAAAAGAACGUACUCUGUUUCGAUAACGAUUACGAUUACGAUAACGAUUACGAUUACGAUAACGAUACUUAAGCGCAGCAGGCAAUUGAAACUAAGCACUAUUUAAUUUAUAUUAUUAUUAUUAUUAUUAAACUGAUUAUUGUGUACUUUAGAAGGCAGACAUAAAACAA